AUGGACUGUCACUCGUCGAAGCUCAUCGACGAUGGCUCCGCCAAUCAAGGAGAAUUAGGCGAAGAAUAUUCAUCCCAAGACUUCCCUGUCCAGAUUUAUUCUCGCAAAAACAAAUUUCAGGAGGGGGAAGUUUUUGUUGGAUUCCAAAAGGAGGAAAGUGAUUUACUAAAUCAACUCGCGUCUAUUACAAAGAAGAAGCUUCAAGUGAUCUCAAUUGUUGGCAUGGCUGGACUUGGUAAGACCACUUUAGCUACAAGACUUUAUAAUCAUUCUUAUGUAGAAUCAUACUUCUAUGCUCGAGCAUGGAUCACUUGCUCUCAGCUUUAUCUUAAAAGGGAGUCAUUGCUCGAAAUUCUAAGAUCUGUUUCUGAGAAUACUGAUGAAAUUUGUGCGAUGAAUGAUAACAUGUUAGCCCAUACUUUGUAUCGUGCUUUAAAGGGUCGGAGAUACCUCAUUGUGGUUGAUGAUAUAUGGAGUAUUGAUGAUUGGAAUGAUAUUAGAAGAUGUUUUCCUGAUGACAAGAAUGGUAGUAGAAUUAUGGUGACCACCCGGCUCAAAGAGGUUGCCUUGCACGCGCAAUCUGAUGGGAAUCCGCUUUGUUUGCGUUUCCUGACAGAAGAGGAAGGUUUUGAUUUGUUCAAAAGAAAACUUUUCGAAGAUGGGAAUCUCUUUGGCAUUUUGGGUUUCCUUGGAAAGCGCAUUACAAGAAACUGCUGUGGCUUGCCUCUUGCAAUUGUUCUAAUUGCUGGAGUGCUCAAAAACAAUUUUGAUUUCCUUUUGUGGCUGCAGAUUCAAGAACAUUUGAGUUCAUAUAUUAUAAGUGAUUAUAAUCAAUACAUGGACACACUUGCACUGAGUUAUAACCACCUGCCUCAACACUUGAAACCCUGUUUUCUUUCUUUUGGAGCAUUUCCAGUAGGUUAUGAUAUCCCUGUUCGUCAGUUGAUGUGGUUAUGGAUUGCGGAGGGAUUUAUAGGUCAGGAUGGCAGAGAAAGAAACCUAGAGGAUAUUGCAGAAGAUUGUUUGAUGGAUCUUAUAAAUAGAAGUCUGGUUGUUGUAGGUAAGAAAAGGUCUAAUGGUGCAAUCAAAACAUGUCGUAUUCAUGACCUCUUGCGUGAUUUGUGCUUAAGAAAAGCCGAAGAAGAAAAUUUUUCACCAGAUAUAUACAAGCACAAUAAAGUUUCUUUCUCAUGUCCUCACUCUUUAGUUCAUCCAAAAUUUCAACUUUUACUCAGCACUAAUGUCCUCGCCAUUCCAUCAAACUGUUCUUGCUAUUCUUCUGAAGGAUCCCAAUCAUUUUGUAAACAAAUACUAAGUGUAUGGGAUGCCUCUGAGCAUACAAGGGCUUUGGAUUUAUCAUCCAUAGAAUUUCUUGUAUUUCCAAGUGAAGUGCUUCAACUAGUCCACUUGAGGUACUUGGGACUUCGAUUUAAAUCGGGCAACCCUCCUGAAUCAAUAUCCUGCCUUCAAGAACUCCAAACACUUAUCAUGUCAUCAAGGAUGAAUAUGGUUAUUCCUAAUGAUAUGUGGAAGAUGGUUAAUCUGAAGCAUCUUUUUAUUAAAUCAGGUGAAAAUCUUGUGGAUAUCUCUAAUGUUGAAGGCGAACAGAGAACAUUGGAUAACUUGCAGACAAUGUCACUAGUCAGCCCUACUAGACCUUGUCAUAAUAUCUUAGCUCGAACUCCUAAUUUGCAGAAGCUAGGUCUUUGUGGACCACUGACAACAACUAGAGGAGAUUUUAAAUGCCCUGAUCUAGGCCUUCUAAUGCAGCUCGAGAAAUUGAAGUUGUCAAACACAAUUUCUUUUCAUCAAGGCGUGAGACUAAGCAUUUCAACUAUAUUCCCCGGAAGUCUUAAAAAUCUUACUCUGUCAAAUACUUGUUUAAACUGGGAGGAAGCUUGGAUCUUCGAAAUGAUACCUAACCUUGAAGUUCUCAAGUUGAAAUUCCAUGCCUUUGUUGGCAAAGACUGGGAAACAAGGCCACAAGCAUUCCCUUGUCUCAAAUUUCUGAAACUCAAAGAACUGGAUCUGGUGACUUGGACAGUUUGUCGUUAUGAUUUUCCAGUGCUUCAGCACUUACAGGUGUACCAUUGCCCAUAUUUGACAGAGAUUCCAGAAGACCUUGGUAAUAUAUGCACCCUUGAGAGCCUUGAGAUAAGUGGGUGUAAUGACGCGGCAACAAAUUCUGCAUCGGAUCUCCAGGAAGAGCAAGAGCGGUAUGGUAAUGAUUCACUUCAAUUAAUUGUCAACCCUAGCCUGGUCUGA